CAUAACUUUUCAACGCGUUGAGCGUUUCCCUUUCGUAUCUGUUGCUGCUCAAACGCCCGGUUUGCGCGACUGUAUGGCAGCCUGAGGUGGUGGGGCGUGGGGUUAGUCUCCUGACAGGUAUACCUCCCUUAUGCCCAACCAUCUCCUCAUGACGACUUAAAAGUUCUGUCUGAGUUUUGCACUUUGCUUGUUUAGAAUUUGGUAUUAACGUUUGAGUAUUUCCGAGGCAUGUAUUGAUAGGGCUUAUCACAUCAAUCGCCCCAUUAGAUAGUGGCAGAACUAUUUGUAUCAUCAUGUCAUCAGGAAUAAUUGGGUGUAAAUCCAAGAUGGAUGUGUAAUGUUUGUUACUGGACGACUUUUCUGCUGUGAUAAACAUGAACCCUUGAAAUGGUUACACCCUAAUUUAUAGUGUGGAGAAGUGACUGGCCUAGAGCCUAAGGCACAGUCAUGGGUGGACGGGAUUCCAAACCGUGCUGCAUCAAUUAUGAAGACGCAGUACGGAGAGUGAGUGAAUCGGAGCUGAAACGAAUUAGAGAAGCAUUUAAGCGAGCGUCAAAUGUCGGUGGUGUUAUUACCAAGUCAUCCUUCCUCAAAGAAGUCUUAGGUGAAGGCGUGCCUAGAAACAUUGCUGAGCAUAUCUUUGCAGCAUCUGGUGGAACUCAGAAAGGCAUUGCAUUUGAAAAAUUAUUAUGCGGCCUAGUUCUUUUAACUCGAGGCAAUAAAGAUGAAAAAAUUAAAUUUCUGUUCAAUUUAUACUCCAAUGAGUCCGGAACCUAUGUCCUAAGAGAUGAUAUAGAACGGUUGCUUUCUGCCUGUGAAAAUGGGAGGAAGCCGCUCGAGCUAUCUGGUCUCUUUCAAGAUCGUGAUCGGGCAUCUUGGGAAGAGUUUCGUGAUUGGGUCCAACUAAAUACGAAUGCAACAUCCCUAAGCCGCUGGCUACUAACUGAACCAUGCUCAGUUUCUCUAAGCAACGAACAUGAAACUCCUACCUUCUACCAAACACUUGCAGGAGUUACACAUUUGGAAGAAAAGGACAUCAUUGAGCUGGAAAAGCGUUAUUGGGUACUGAAAGGUCAGUCAAGCACUGGAAGACUUGAUCUUGAAACUCUUGGUCCACUUUUAAGUCCGCCAGUUCCAUUGUCUGUUUGUGCCGGAGUGUUUGGAGCAUUUGAUGAAAAUCGUGAUCGACACAUUGAUUUCAAAGAGAUGGCUUGUGGAAUAUCAGCAGCUUGUCGUGGACCCACCACUGAGCGCCAAAAAUUCUGCUUCAAGGUUUUUGACUCUGACCGAGAUGGGAUUUUAUCACCUGGAGAAUUGCAACACAUGGUAGAUGUUCUUUUAUUCGUCUGCCAAGAAAGUCGAUCCAAAGACGACAUUAAAGGGAAAAAUGAGUUCGGAGAUCCAAGUUCAAUAAUUUCAGAAAUUAAAAAAUAUGCCAGCGGAGAAGGGCUUACUUUAGAAGAAUAUUUGAUGUGGACUGUUGACAACAGCUUGUCUUCCCAUUUCUUAAACUUGCUAUUUCAGGUUUGUCAUGUGGUACUUGGUCUCAGACCACAGUCUCGUCAAGAAGAAGGUUCUAUUGUCAAUGGGUGGCUUGAAAGAGAAGUAACAAGAGGCUACAUUGUCGGCCAGUUUUGGUACUUGGUAGCCAUGGAUUGGUGGAAACAAUGGAAUGAGUAUGUGUCCAUGCCUUACCCCAAUGUAAAUUCCACUCUGGAAUACUCUAUUGGUGUGGAUGCUACUACACCUGCUGGUAGUCUGGAGCUACAAACACCUUCCUUGACAAGUAGCAACGGCAGUGGGACCAGUGGCAUUAGUAGCAUGAGUGCUGCAACUAGAGCCAAACUCACUGAAUCAACUAAUUCUUUGACUCAUUUGACUUUAGACUGCCCUAGUAGUACAUCCAGUCCAAGCCAUUCUCCAAGGCCUAAUCGCCGUCCUAUUGUUGGACAUAGAAUGCCUCAGAAACCAGGACCUAUAGACAAUUCUGCACUUGUGGCCACUCCAUUUCAAAGAGUGCUCUCUUUAACUGGAGAAGGCGGAAAACUGAAGAAAAACCUUGUGCUUAUGAGGUAUACAGAUUUUGAACUUGUACCUGAUUCACUGUGGAAAGCUCUUCACCAGUGGUAUGGUGGCUCUCUUGCUCUCCCACGACAAGUGAUAAAGCCCAAAAAUAGCUCAGAGGUUGAGCUAGAGUUAUAUCCUCUUACUAUCCGUCUACUCAGACAUCAGAGUCAGCCAUCUCGAGCUGGGCCUCAAACAACCUGGACUGGGAUGGUUGGUGGCUAUGGCGCAGCUGCUCUAAGUACUACAGGCUAUGCAUAUGUGUCAAAUUUAACUCAACCCAAACGGUAUCUGGCACACAGUGCUACAUUUAGUCGAAUGGCAACUGUUAAGGAGGUUUAUGACUUUUUAAGCCAGAGACUCAGAAUACGCCCAGAAGAUAUGCGACUAUGGCAUUUCAAAGAUGAGAACAACAUGACAGUACUAGAGGAUGAAGAAGCUUCACUAGAGGAUCUCAGUGUUCUCGAUGAAGAUCAGUUGUUGAUAGAAGUGCGCAAUAAGGACCUUACUUGGCCCGAAGAAAUGGGAAGUUUACAGGAUCGACGACGAUCGUGUUCAGUUCCUGCUGAGAAAGGAGCAACUGGUCUUAAUAAUUUAGGAAACACAUGCUUUAUGAAUGCUGCUUUACAAUGUGUCAGCAACACCAGGUCACUCACUCAGUAUUUCACUGCAAAUAUGCAUCUUUAUGAGCUCAACAGAACAAACCCUUUAGGAAUGAAAGGCCAUAUUGCAAAGAGGUACGGAGACCUUAUUCAGGAUAUAUGGAGUGGUUCAGCUAAAACUAUUGCUCCUCUCAAGCUUAGGUGGACCAUUGGAAAGUAUGCACCUCGCUUCAAUGGAGACCAACAGCAUGAUUCUCAGGAGCUACUUGCAUUUCUUCUUGAUGGUUUACAUGAAGACUUAAAUCGUGUUCAUGAUAAGCCAUAUACUGAGCUGAAAGAUAGUGAUGGCCGCUCUGAUGUUACAGUGGCUCAAGAGGCAUGGGAAAAUCACAUAUUACGCAAUAAAUCAAUUGUAGUUGACCUUUUCCACGGUCAACUGAAGUCUAAAGUCAUUUGCAAAGUUUGCUCACAUGAAAGUGUUCGUUUUGAUCCUUUCAAUUACUUGUCAUUGCCUUUACCAAUGGAGUCAUACAUCUAUAUUCAAGUCAUAGCUAUUCGCCUUGAUGGAUCUGUACCUGUGAAGUAUGGGCUCCGUCUGAACAUGGAUGAGAAGUAUGCCCAACUCAAAACGCAACUUUCUCAGUUGUGUGAUAUCCCUGCACAUUUACUGUGCCUAGCAGAAGUGAAUCAAGCUCAAAUUAAGAAUGUGCCGUCGGAUGACCAAAAAAUUAAAGGACCAGUAUCAGGAUCCUUAUUUGCUUAUGAACUUCCAGCAUCAGAAAAUUGCAGCAACUUUGAUGAUGAAAGAGCAUCAUUAUGCUCUACUCGAUCACAACGUGAAGGGCAAACCUUAGUUGCUAUCCAACGAACUGUCACACCUCGUUCUGCUCUUUCAGUUGGUUCAAGUGUGUUGAAUGGCCACGCCAGUGAAGACACGGCAAGCGUGUGGUCGGGAUCGGGCUCUGGUUCUCGGCCCGGCCCCCGCCCUGCCGGUGAGGUAAGAUGGCCAACGUCUUUCUGCAUGCCUGCAUAUGCACUCUUGUGCUUUAAGAGCCCGUCGUCACCUCCAAAGGAUACUAAAGACAGUCCAGAUGUCGAGUCUGUAGACUCGGGCUUACCCACAUCUUCUGCAAGCAUUCCUCUUGCACCCAGCAGUAGCCAAGGCUCAGCAAGCAGUGGAAGUUUGUGUGACAUGGAUGUUGGAAUACCUUCUCAACCAGGAUACAUAGUUGCUGUACACCGCAAAAUGAUUCGUCAGGACGUAUACUUCAUGUCAUCUCAGAAAACAAAACCUAGCCUCUUUGGGCUUCCCAUUAUUGUUCCAUGCUCAGAGAGUACCACUCAUCAGGACUUGUAUCAGUCAGUUUGGUUACAAGUCGCAAGAUUAGUGUCACCUCUGCCUCCAACUGAUCCUGCUGUGUCCAACCAUGCUCAAGACUGUGAUGACAGUUUGGGUUAUGAAUUCCCAUUCAUUUUGAAAGCUGUUGGGUCAACAGGAAUUCAAUGUGCUUGGUGUCCAUGGUAUGAGUUCUGUCGGGGAUGUCGUAUCCAGUGUAAUGAUACUGAAUUCAAAAUGAGUAGUAGCUACCUAGCUGUGGACUGGGAUCCCACAGCACUUCAUCUCCGGUAUCAGACAUCUCAAGAACGGGUUUUCAACGAUCAUCCAUCUGUUGCCCAAACUAGAAUACAGCAAUCCAGCCCUAUCGAGUUGGACUCUUGCCUGGAAGCAUUUACCAAAGAAGAGCAUCUCGCUGAUGAUGAGAAAUACUAUUGUUCAAAGUGCCGUGAUCAUCAGCUCGCUUCAAAGAAGCUUCAAAUUUGGAGACUACCUCCAAUUUUAAUUGUACAUUUGAAGCGCUUUCAAUUUGUUGGUGGAAAAUGGGUCAAGUCUCAAAAGGUGGUGAACUUCCCUUUUGAAAAUUUCAAUCCCACAUCAUACUUAGCAGCAGUGCCUAAACAAACUGUAAUUAGGCAUCAUCAAUUAAAAACUGAAAAGUCUCUUCAUGAAACGUCCCAGAAUGACCUAAAUAUUGCUGAAGAAGGCGACUGUGGAAGAGUGUGCACCCCUCUCAACUCUGUGAAUGAAGGUACCCGCAAGCUCUCCAUGCUUCGUAAGUCUUCAGUGGCAGAUACUAUAUGGGAGGGUGAGAGUGACAGAGAAGCCAUGGCUAAUGGAGACCUUGGCGCUAGUAAAGAUGUUAUGCGAUCCAAUGAACAAAAAAUUGGUGGCAGAGAAAGGCUUGUCUCAACGUCUUUAACCCAGACCCCAGUUGUAGAUUCAGCUUUACAGGAUUUUCAUCAGCAUCGCUUGAUACCUGGGGUAGAUCCUUUUGACUUGAAGUACCGUUUGUAUGCUGUUGUUUGUCAUUCUGGGAUUUUAGGUGGUGGUCAUUAUGUCUCAUAUGCCUGUAACCCCAACAGCAAAUGGUACUGUUAUAACGACAGCAGUUGCAGGGAGGUCACGACUGGUCAAAUGGACACAAGUUCAGCGUAUAUGUUAUUUUAUGAACGAGAGGGAUUGUGUCAAGAUCAAUAUAUGCCCAAUGUUGCAGGAAAAGUACCAGACAGAUUAGAUUUAGAUGAUGAUCUGGACUCUGACCUAAAGCGUUGCUGUCUCAUGUAAAGACUGCUUGGCAUUCAUUCUAUUCUAAAUGAUGCCCCUCUGUUUGGGCUCAGCUAUUCGCUUUACCUGCCAUAUGUGCACACAUGCUCUUCUUGCUAGAGAGUCUCUGAGGCUCUCUACUUCUUGCACCUUGAUAAUUUACAUCCAGCCAUUUUCCAAACAUUUGGAUUUCAAGCAUUGAUAUGGAAAUGGAUUUUAAAGAAGUUCUAUAUUUUCUAUAUUUAUUAUAUUUAUAGCCGAAACUGUUGUGCUUUAACUAAAUUAAGGUGGGACAACUUGUAAUUUGCUUGUAUAUUUGAUGCAUUGUGAUACACUGUAAGUUGUUAUUUAUUUUCCUGAAGGUUGCAUUCCCUGCUGUAGUCAUUAAUUUUUGAAUAAUGUUCAACGCAGCUUGAAAAGGAAAAAAAGAGGGCGGGAAAGAUAAAAAAUGCUGCUGUCUGAGCUGUAUAAGGGACUUAAGAGGUAUGGAGGAAAGGCAAUGUGCCAUUGUGAUAUUUAAAUGUUGUAUUAAGAUCUUUUGGCUCGGGUCAGCUCUUCCCUGAUCUGACCAGCAGCUGACUAAAAAUCUUACAAUGGCAAGAUAAGUGAUAACAAAGUAUCAUGUACGGUAUAUGCGUAUUUCUGAUUCAUGUGACACUGUUAGCAAGUGGGAAAGGCUUCUUCGUUAAGCUAUAAUUUUGAUUUUCAUUUCAACUUGUCUCCAUAAUGCAAAAUGUGUCAUACUUUUCUCCCUCUGUUUUCCAAAGUGUUAUCAUUGUUAUCCAGCCCAAGGGUGUUUUGUUUUAAAAGUCAUAAAUAAGCUUUAUGUGAUUGUUUCGGUAUGUUGAAGUGUCAUUCAACCCUUACUCUCAAUUUUUAAUUGUGCCAUAUUGAAGUAGCAUGGGUGAGAAAGUAGGGGGCUGGAUCUAGUUGAAGAGGGUGCUCACAUAUUUGCAUUUGUACCCCUAACAUUCCCAUGUCAAUAAUUGUUUAUCUGUCAUAAAUGCAAUACUAUGAAAGUUGCAGUAGAAAUGCAGCAAAUUGUUUUUGUUUUGUUCUUUUUUCUUCUUUUUUUUUUUUUUUUUUUUUGUAGUGUUAUGAAUAUGUGGAGAGUUGUUGAUUGAUGUGUUGUUAGUUUGUAAGAGUACCUAAUAACAGAGAGGAAAAGCUUUGUUCAGGAGUUGCCUUGUUUUAUUCUUGUUAUGAAUGAUUGAAAUAUUUUAUUCAGUAUUUAGGCACCUGAUAUUUUGAAUGUGCUAUUUCAUUUUACUGUUAUUCCGAAAUUAGAAAUCUGCUUGCGAGGAUUGUUACUUUUAUCAGAACAAAAAAGUGGUACCCAUGUGCAAUAGUAGCAGCUACUGUUACUCCUCUUUAAUUGUUUUAUGUGUUACUUCUGUUUAUGUUAAAACCCUUGCUAAAUGACUCUAGUCUAUUGUGUUCAAAAUGGUCCUAUCAAGUGUCAAAAAACAAUGUCAAAGGUACUGCAUUGAUUUUAAAUUUACCAGUGUCAGUGUGCCAUGCUUACUUGCCUCGUUAGGGAAAUUUUUUCUGAUAAAUUUGUUGCAUUUGUGUAUGUAAACUGCCCAUGACAUGAUUGAGCACUUUGAUCAGGGCUAGUAUAGCUGUGGUCCAAGCACUGAUAUUGUAAUAUGUGAUACAUUUAAGUCUAUACUUUAUGUUUUAACUUUUGUGCUUGGUGUUCGUUCAUUGACUUGGCUCAUCUCCCAUAUCAUCAUAUAUUACUUAUAUACCAGCCUAUGUAAAACAGGCAAUAGGCUGUAAUCAUUUAACCAAAGCCAAUUCUUUUUCUAUAAAUCAUAAAAAAUGCGUUGAAAUUAAUACCAAAAUGGUGUAAAGUAAUUGAGUGUGGCACUCAUCAGUUUCAUAUCCAAUUUAAGGAAGAAAAUUUGUCUGCUUAUUUUCAAUUGAGAAGGCAAACCGUUCUCUGCCCUGCAUUGAAGUCUCUUUUAUUUGUACUUUCUCCGGGGUGCCCAGAAUAUUACUCUCAGUGGUUCUCAGGUUGCAUGCUAAUACUUAUCCUGCACUCUUUUUAUGAUCAAUAGUGGCCUGGAUUAAAUUAUGAUUUUUAUUUUGCACUUCAUGUUAAGAAAAGAGUACCUGUCAAUAUGAUGACGUUUUUGCAAGAGGCUCUUCAGUCUGUGCUCUCUUUUUCCUGCUUUUUCAAAUCUUUGUUUCAUUUUAAAUUCGGAUAUCUCUUCAAUCAACACCCCACAGCGACUCAAUGAAAGAUUAGACUUUUAAUUGUAGGGUAUGAUCAUUGGUUCAAACGAGGGUUCAACAGCAGUUGCACAAAAAUUAUUUUAAAAAUUCAUUUUUUAAAUUUAAAAUGUAACAUCAACAUUCUAUUUCCUUGCCUUUAGGAUAUAAGGAGACCAAUUUGAAAGAAAUAUGCCAUUAGGCACUGAACAAUACUCUAAUAUAAUAAUGUUAAGUAUAUUUUUGAUGAGAGGCAAGGCAUGGCUACACACAGGCUGUUUGGUUGUACUUGAUGCAUUUUUGUGUAGUAAGAUUGUCCAAUAAUCGGUGUAUCGUUAUUAUUAAUACUUUCUCAGUGGAUUUAUAACUAUUCUUUACUGUCUCAAAGUUUGAUAUCUAUUUCAAAAUGUGAAGAUAUUGAGCUAGUUCGUAGCACAUCCCAAGUUUAAUGAAAUAUGAAAGAGCUAUAUGAAAGAGAAAAAGACACUGUACAAGCUGGCGAUUUUAUUUGAGCAUCCUAUUUGUAUGCCCUGAAUUUGUUGGUUUGUGCAUAAUGUUAUCACUUGAUUAAAAAGAUUAUAUGUGUUACACUGAUAA